UUUUUUUUGGCGGGGUGUAUAUGGAAGAAAAAUCGGUCCCCUCGACGGGCCAGUCGCUCCCACUAAAUUGUCCCAAAGCCGCUCGCCGCGAGUUGCUGCAUCAAGUGUGGGCGCUUCAUCCCCACUAACUCCCGCCCUUCCUCGCUUUAAGCCAUUAGAAAGCUGAGUGACAGCGGGCCCAGGGAGGCCUUGUAAUUCCCGUGCACGGAAGGAGGGGACCGCAGCCUCGCCCCCGGUUGGCUUUACGUCUGACGUCACGUCAGGGGGCGUGUCUCUUGCUCUGAGCGCCUAACCCGAAUCCCGGAUGCCGAAGGUGGGCUCGUCUGCCUUUGGUGUGGGCCCUCCCUUCGCUGCCAUGCAGCGGGACUUGGGGAGCUAUCCGCUGGCCCCUGGCGUGCGAGUGAAGCUAGUGAGUGCCGGCUUCCAGACAGCCGAGGAGAUUCUAGAACUGAAGCCUUCGGAGCUCAGUAGAGAAAUUGGGAUCUCUAAAGAGGAGGCUUUGGAAACCCUGCAAAUAAUAAGGCGGGAAAACCCCACAGAUAUGUCAAGAUAUGCUUCUGUAUCUGCAUUAGGCAAGAAAUGUACAGCAUUGGAACUUCUUGAGCAAGAGCACACCCAGGGCUUUAUAAUUACCUUUUGUUCAGCGCUGGAUAAUAUUAUGGGGGGUGGAAUACCCCUAACCAAAACAACAGAGAUCUGUGGUGCACCAGGUGUUGGGAAAACACAGUUAUGCAUGCAAUUGGCAGUAGAUGUACAAAUACCAGAAUGUUUUGGAGGAGUAGCAGGUGAAGCUGUAUUCCUUGACACAGAAGGAAGUUUUAUGGUUGACAGAGUGGUAGAUCUUGCCAGAGCCUGUGUUCAGCAUCUUCACCUUAUUGCAGGAUCACACUUAGAAGAAGAGCAUCAAAAAGCAUUGGAGAACUUCUCCCUAGAAAGCAUACUCUCCCAUAUCUAUUAUUUUCGUUGUCACAACUAUACGGAGCUGCUGGCACAAGUUCAUCUCCUUCCAGACUUCCUUUUGGAACAUUCAAAGGUUCAGCUGAUUAUAGUAGAUGGCAUUGCAUUUCCAUUUCGGCAUGAUUUUGAUGACCUCUCCCUUCGAACACGGUUACUGAAUGGACUAGCACAGCAGCUGAUUAGCAUGGCAAAUAAUCACAAAUUAGCUGUAAUUUGGACUAAUCAAAUGACAACAAAGAUUGAUAAAAAUCAGUCCUUACUAGUGCCUGCUUUGGGAGAAAGUUGGGGACAUGCAGCUACAAUUCGUUUAAUCCUUCGUUGGGACCAAAAGCAGAGCAGGUUAGCAACACUGCAUAAAUCACCAAGCCAGAAGGAGGCCACAGUUCUAUUUGACAUAACGGCCCAAGGUUUUCGCGAUGUAGUUGUUCCUUCAUCAUUAUCUCCAGUGGAACCUUCAGUGAAUCCCCGAAAGCGGUCACGAGAAACAAAGGAAGAAAAAUAGUAUUUUAAAGAUUUUGCAUCUUGCAUUGCAGAAAAAAGUUGUAAAGACUAUUGUAUAUAAGGGCAGGGCACAGUUUACAUAGUAAAUAUUUUAAACAGUCAUAAAAUGACAUUACCAAAUAUUUAUAAAUCAUUUAUUAAAAACAUUUGUAUAGAAUAUACUCAAGCAAUAAAAUAGUUGUAAACAUUAAAAUACAUAAAAAUAUGUACAUAGUAAGUUAAUAUUAUUAACUUGGAGCUUUUAUAAAAUAAUUCAUACUCUACCCACCUCUUUAUUGACACCUGUUGGUUAUUAAAGUUAUCUCAGUAAUACAUUAUACAUAAAUAUCUCUUCUCUAUCUGAUUGCAUCAUAAAUCUUCUAAUUAGGUAUGAUUUGAUAAUACUUCCACCUGAUUUUAUCCUUGACAGAGCAGGAUCAUUACCAGGAGUCUUAUCUUCUAACACUCAGUGAGACAUAAUAUAUAUUAAAAUCUUUUUGACCCUCAAGUUGUACUAUUCUCUGAGUACUUAAAUUUCUUUCCUGCUGUGGUGUGCUGGCUCAUCUCUAGUGUCCAAUAAUUUUGUUGAAUUGAAUAAUUGUGGCAAUGCAUUAUGGUCUAGUCCUACAUUUAAAAGUAUGGUUGUAGAUCUAAAUCUGUAACUGUGUUUAAAUAUAGCUUUAGGUGGCAUCAUGUUUAUGGUGGCAGUACCUCGAUGAUAAUAUCAGGGGAAAUUUUUGUUUAAUUAUCUUUUCCUUCAACAUUUCUUUGCCAAAGCAUUAGGCAUUGUUUAAAGCAACAAAUACUAACCUUGUAUUAUCACUCAGUAAAAUGAAUAUGAGGGCCCUCCUUAAAAAAAUACAGACAUGUAGAAGUCAUUAAAGUUUAUCAGUAGAACUAGUGAAUCACUAAUUUCAUUGAAUGUUUCACUGUGGCACCAGGGAGCAACUAUUAAAAGCCAUAAUGACACUAUCGUUGCUUAAUUUUCAUUUAAUUAACUUUUGAUAAAUUAUAGAAUAACAACACAUGAUAAUAUCGCUGUUUAGAUUGCAGUUGUCAUUGAGCCAUUAAGAAAAUGAACCUGACUGAAUCAUGUUUCAUAAUUUUUCCCUCUUAUUCCCAAACAAAAACUAGCCUUUUCUACUGCCUAUUUCCUUCUCCCUCUCCUUUCCUCAUCCCAAAUUGAGAAAAUAAGAAGACCCUCUUACAACCCCAUGUGUAAUAAAGCAAAAACAAAAAUUUCACAUUUCUUUUUUAAAAAAUCAUCUUGAUUUAGCAUUCUGAGUCUAUCCCCUCUUGUCAGGAGGUAGACAGCAGGUUUCAUCAUGAAUCCUCAGUUAUUGUAAUUGAUAAUUGUGUUGAUCAGAAUUCCCAAGUUUGGGAU